AUGAAGCUGUUUCAUCUAUUCCCCGUCCUGGCUCUCUUUCCCUUUUCCUUGGCGAUACCGUAUGAGGAGUACAUCCUCGCGCCUAGGACAAGAACACUAUACCCAGAUUCCGUCCACAGCUCCAAUGGAUCAGUGAGCAACCCGGAUAGCCUCACGGCAUCAUCCGGUAGCUCCGUCUUCCAAGAUGACUCUGCUACAGCCUACGACUUCGGCAAGAACAUUGCCGGCCUUGUCACCUUGACGAUCGGGUCUGUCUCGGACGGCAACCAGUACAUCGGCGUAACAUUCUCGGAAAGCUCUCUAUGGGUAUCCAACCGAUCUUGUGAUGCAACUGCAGAUGCAGGAAAGGAUGAAACUUUAUGGUUCAAAGUCACAGGCCCAGGGACUUACACCGCACCGCGGGAGAAAGAGCGAGGAGGCUUUCGAUAUAUGACCUUGGUGCAUAACGGCACUGGAAGCGUUGAAGUCACUUCUGCAGAGAUCCACUACACUCCUAUGCCUCACUGGGAGGACGAUUCUCUGGCAAACUACACAGGAUACUUCCACUGCGACGACGAGCUGCUGAAUCGCAUCUGGUACGCCGGUGCGUAUACCAACCAGAUGUGCACGAUUGAUCCGCACUACGGCAAUGCCUUGGUACAUUUACGCGAAAUCAACUCUUCCGUCUCGGAUGCAAUCAACGUAACGUGGUGGAGCAACUAUACCAUCACAAACGGCUCAUCCGCUUUGGUUGAUGGAGCGAAGCGAGACAGGAUCGUCUGGGCUGGAGAUAUGUCCAUUGCCGUUCCAGGUGUUGUGGCCUCGACGAACGAUGUGAUCACGAUUCAGAACUCUUUGAACUCGCUGUUCGACGUCCAAAAUGCAACAACCGGCCAGCUUCCAUAUGCUGGCCGGCCAUUCCCAUCGAUUCUUUCAUUCACUUACCACCUUUACACCUUGAUCGGAGUAUCAGAUCUUUACCUGUACACUGGAGACAUCGAAUACCUUUCGUCACUCUGGGAUAAGUGGAAGCUUGGAUUGAGCUUUUCGUUAAGUUUCAUCGACGACAGCGGCCUGAUGAACGUAACCUCGCCCAACGACUGGUUGCGAUUCGGAAUGGGAGGGCAUAACAUCGAGGCGAAUUCGAUCCUCUAUUAUACCAUAAACCAAGGCAUCAUGCUCGCCGAAGCGCUCAACGACACAGAAUCUACCGUCUCAUGGCAGACUACAGCUGAAAGGAUCAAGAUCGCCGCGAACCAGUUGUUAUGGGAUGAGACUGCUGGGAUGUACAUCGACAACGAGACUACAACGCUCAUGCCCCAAGACGGUAACUCUUGGGCUGUGGUCGCCAAUCUCACUAUGAACUCCUCGCAAAUCGACCGCAUCAGUGCCAAUCUCGCUGAGCGCUGGACCCCUUACGGCGCACCAGCUCUCGAGGCUGCCGACGCUAUCUCGCCGUUUAUCUCAGGCUUCGAACUCCAAGCACACUUCAUCGCGGAGAACGCGACUGCCGCUCUCGAGUUGAUGAGAUUAGAAUGGGGCUUCAUGCUCGACGACCCGCGCAUGACCAACUCGACCUUCAUCGAAGGCUAUUCUACGACUGGCGAGCUGCACUAUGCGCCGUAUCUCAACGAUGCUCGGAUAUCGCACGCCCACGGAUGGGCUACGGGUCCUACUUCUUCGCUCACGUUCUACGUUGCGGGUAUCCAGCUCCUCAGCGCUGGUGGGAAAACUUGGCGUAUUGCUCCUUCGCUGGGCGACCUCAAGUUCACAGACGCAGGUUUCAGCACUAGUGUGGGCUUCUUCUCUGCGAAGACGCAAGUCAGUGAUGGGGGCGUGCAGAUCGAUUUCCAGGCCCCUGAAGAUACUACCGGUGAGGUCAGGAUGCCAUCGAUGGGAUGCACGGGACAGAUUUUGAUGCAGGAAGCGAGUGGGAGGUGUGAGGAUAUUACCAUAGAUGUCACUGAAGCGGAUGCGGGGCCGAUCACCGUUGCUGGGGUAGCAGGCGGCCAGUGGAAGGCCACCUUCUCGUGUGAUUAG